AAUAGGGGGUUGCAUGGAUAACAGAUCAGGGUGCUGCCAAACCGUGAUGAUUGUGAUGAUAGCUGCUCUUGCUAGUUUGCUUAUUCAUCCUGCGUAGACAAGGAAGAUUAUUUCCAUUGUCCACCAUAGCACCUGGGAUAUGGCAGGCACCUGGUAAAUAUCUCAAUGACUGUAAUAAGCUACACAUUCUGCAGAAGAGGAGUGAUCAUUCUUCCAUCACUUGUAAAUCUAGAGGUAUUUAGGCCUAUGCUGGCAAUGCCAUCAUUCUUUUAAAAUGAUACUUUGUGACAGAAACUCCGCAUUCUGUUUUGUGGAAGUGCUGAAGUUCCCAAUGCUUUCAAAUGCUGAAGCGUGAAAGGUACUUAAGACCUGUGUUUUCACUCUGCCUUCUUGGAAUCCUAUGAUCAUUAAUUACCUCUGUGUAUUUUUCUUUCCUCCCCCCCCCAAGCAAAAUGAAAGGAUUCCACAAUUUAAAGGAUGAAGGGAAGAUAACUGUUUACUUCAAUUGAGCAGAUAAGCAUGUCAAGCAAAUGAAGACGGAAAAACACAUAAUCAAGUGUGUGGUGGGGGAGUUCCCACUGUGGCACAGCAGCUUAGGAUCCCAAGUUGACUCUGAGGCAGUAGGGUUCCAUCCCAGGCCCGGCUCAGUGGGUUAAGGAUCCUACAUUGCCCAGAUCUGGCCUAGGACACAGCUGCCUCUUGGAUUCCAUUCCUGGCCGGGGAACUUCCAGAUGCCCCGGGUGGGGCCAAAAAAAGGAAAAAAAAAAAAAAAAGAGUAUAAGGGGGAAAAAAAGAGUAUAUUGGGAAACAUUGUAUUUAAUUAUUCACAGCAAUCAUAUUUAUCCUGUACUGUUACUAGUGAGAAAAUAAUGUCUUCAAAUAACCAGUGGUCGGCAGAUGAGGAUGAAGGCCAGUUAUCUCGAUUGAUCAGGAAAUCUAGAGACUCCCCCUUUGUCCCUGUAGGAAUAGCAGGCUUUGUGAGUGUGGUGUCCUAUGGUCUCUACAAGUUAAAAUACAGAAGAGAUCAGAACAUGUCCGUUCACCUUAUUCACAUGAGAGUUGCUGCCCACGGAUUUGCUGUAGGAGCUGUGACUCUAGGUGUUCUCUAUUCUAUGUAUAAGGAUUACAUUAGACCGCGAUUCUUCAAUGUGUCCAAAAAAUGA